AUGUUCGCCGCACGCGCGAAUCAGGAGAAUGCAAUCUACGAGCAGCAGACGGCGGCGGCUGCGAAGCCUCUCAAUCAGGGCGUGAAGGGGCUGGCUCCGAAGACACCAGGAAACAAAGCUCCCAAAACGCUUUUUAAGAGGCAGCAGAACGAUGAGAACGCUGCGAAGACGGGCGGGAAGGGCAAGCAAGAUGGGCUGUUCGGUGAUGGUAAAGGCGGGAAGGUCGAUAAGAGCGCCUUCUUGACGCCUGCAGGCCCUCGCGCGAGAGCACCGCUCGGGAACAAGACGACAAAUGCCAAAGCCACGGCAUUUCAAACUCCUGCUCCGCCUUCAGCACAACCCACCAGCCCUCGCAUGCGCCGAGCCAAGAUCAAGGUCCACGAAGCAGAGCCCGCGACCGAAGACGACUACGAAGAGCGCGAGAUCGAGUACAUGCCACCGCGCGAAGUCCCAUUGCCCGACCUCCCGGACGACUGGCCAGCCGACAGGACCUACCCUCAGUUCGAAGGCAACAACCUGACUCGUGGCUGGAUGUCUGAGUUCAAGACGAAAAAAGACAAUGACGACGAUGAUGAAGACUUCAGCGACUUCGAGGAGAAGCUGAAGCGGAUCGAAGAGUUGAACGCGAAGAAGAAGCAGGCGCAGGAGGCGAAGAAGGGGAAUGCGGUCAAGAAAACGCCAAUGUUGAAGACAGCGCGCGAUCCACUUGAUGCGAAGCCAACGACGAUUUUGUCGGCGAAGGGCGCUGCUUCUGCGUUGUCGCAGCCAAAAGCUGUGCCUAGCUUUGCUGCUCCGACGGCUGCGGCGAAGGCGAGAGCUCCGUCUGCGCUGCAGUCGAAGAAGGCGGGCGGCACAGUCAACCCGAUCGGCAACAGUCGCCAUACCGCGGCAAAAGUGGCAUCAAACUCGACGCUGGGCUACUCCAAGGGCAGAGCAGUGUCCGCUUCGGCGCGCAAGCCGCUUGCAGGUGUGCAUGAGGAGGAUCUGUCCACUUCGAAUAUGCCCUCGCCGCCGGCAAAGUGCAGCUUGAAUGAGCUGUUUGGCAUUGAGGAUUCGGACAUUACGGAUGAUGCUGCUGGUGACAGUUUGGUGGAGGAAGACGAGUCGCCAGUCUUUCAGUUGGAUCCGGUGGAGCUUUGA